AUGUCGUCCCCCUGGAAAAAGCAACCCGAGGAAGUCGUCGACUCCGUCCUAAAACGGGCCGAAGUGAGCAAGAUUGCUCGCCGUCUGCAAAAUCGUCUCGCUCUCGCCCAGUUCAAGACCAAGCAUGGCUGGGAAGAUUUGACACUCGACUCCAUCGAGCCCAAAAUGGAGCAAGAAAUUCGUCGCAGAAAGCUCUACGACGGCGAUGUCCUUUCCGACUCCUCCUCCAGCACCUCCGACCUCCCAUAUCCGAACAAAGCACUCAUGAGCUCGCCUCUCAAAGCACCCAUCUUUUCCGACGCCAUUGGUUCCAGCAAUGGAAGCUCGGGCCACCGAAAGCGCACAUACAUCGCCUCCUUUGACAAUGUCUCGUCUAGCCCCAGCAAACGCUUCCGUACCUCGCCUACGCUUCACAAGUCUUUCCAGAGCUACAGCUCCUGGAAAGACACCCACCAGCUGACACAAUCGUCACCCAUCAAGCCCCGCCGCCAGCAGCACUUUACCACGUCCGCCGGCCCUGAUGUAUCCUUUUUCCGCCAGCGCCGCCUGCCCAAUGAGCUUACUUCGCCCAAUUUUGCUGCCCCUUCCGACGACGAUGAGGACCUCUUGCCCGCACAUUCGUUCAAUCUCAGCACUUUGAGGUCGUCGCCGCCGCGCACCCCGCCUAUGCAGACGCGUUCUCUCAACAAGCGCAAAGGAAAUGGCAGCCCUGUGGCUAGCGGCAAGACUGGCGAAGAGGGCGCCGACCUGCUUCUCUACCUCGCCGCUUCUCCUUCUCCAGCCGUCAAGGCCAACCGCGGACGCAUGGAGCGCUUGACUACCCCGCCCCCCAAGAACAGCAAGCUUGAUUUGCCAUCGUCCAUGAUGAUGACACCUGGCGGCGGCAACCUCUUCCCCAAUACACCCGGUCAAGGUUUCGACUUUGCCGAUUUCGUCAACAUUACGCCCAGCCCGGCGCAGAAGCAAUGGAGAACCCCUGGCCCCACGAGCACGACCCGCACGCCAAUGAGCAUUGCCAGGAGGCGGCUAACGUUUGAUGACCCCAUUGCCUGA